GGCAGAGAGAAACAGGGGAAAUAUCGCAUUUUGGUUGAAGUAAAAUGGUUUUGUUUUGAAUAUGAAUUGUCAUGGGUCGUGGAUUGGCAGUUUGGCACUGACCAAUCCCUAGUAAAAGAAAAAAAAACGUCUUCAAAAUUACGACAAUUAUUAUCUGAUAAGCUGAGGGUAGUUAUAGAGAACAAGGACAUGGUUUUCUCUUCACUUCGCAGGUACUUUAGUAUGAGGCACCAAAGCUCCAAGGUUCAGGCUUUGUAUGAACAUUGCAAAACCAUCUUAUCGCCCUCUGGAUCACCCCCUCCUUCGUCCCAAGCUUUGCAGAAGCUUUCUUCGAUUCUGGACACUAUUCAACCUGCUGAUGUUGGCCUUAAAGAAGAAAUUGCAGACGAUGAUCGAGGGCAUGGAUUUUUUGGCGCUAAUGCACUUAGUAGAUUAGCUCGAUGGGCUCAACCAAUAACUUAUGUAGACAUUCAUGAAUGUGAUAGUUUUACGAUGUGUAUAUUUUGUUUCCCUACUUCUUCAGUUAUUCCUCUCCAUGACCAUCCUGGGAUGACUGUAUUUAGCAAACUUCUCUAUGGCUCUUUACAUGUGAAAGCUUAUGACUGGGUUGAGCCUCCCUGCAUCAUAGAAAGCAAAGAACCAGGAUAUGCUCAAGGUCUGACUUUAAGACUAGCAAAGUUAGCAGUUGAUAAGGUCUUGAAUGCACCGUGUGAUACAUCAGUUUUAUAUCCCAAACACGGUGGAAAUCUGCACUGUUUCACAGCAGUGACACCUUGUGCCAUGCUAGACAUUCUCACACCUCCUUACAGAGAAGAGGAAGGAAGGAGGUGUACAUACUAUCAUGAUUAUCCUUAUUCAGCAUUCUCAGUUGCAAAUGCACCUAUAUGUGACGGGGAAGAGGAGGAAUAUGCAUGGCUCACAGAGUUAGAAUCACCUAGUGAUCUUUAUAUGCGCCAGGGGGUAUAUGCUGGUCCAGCUAUUCAGCUUUAGCUCUGCUUGCUUGGAUUUAAAAGCAAUUGCUUGUUUCCUGCUGUGAAGGGUGGAUGAUAUUAAUGCCUGAAAAUAUACUUAUCCCAUUUUGCUCCUGGAAGCUAGUGACAAGAGGAUCUAAAAUGCUGAUGGAUGGAAUGUUCUGGUUUAUUUGUGCCUCCUUGUGCUGGAUGCAUAUUUUGAGCAAAGAUUUUCGUAAAUAAAUCUGCAUUUUCUCAUUAGCUUGGAACAACAAAUCUUUGCUAUAGUUACCAGUGGCUAUUGUGUUUCAUACCAUGUUCCCUCAUUGUUACAAGUUAUAGAUGUUCUGUCCCUGCACAUUAAUAUAAGCAUAAUUGUUUUGUAAUAAUUAUCAUAAAUAUGGUAUGUACAAAACGGAUUCCUGUGUAGCCGUAAUCAAGUAUGGUAAUACUUUUAGUAUAAUGGAAAAAGAUGCCCUGGCAUCAUCAGUCUGUGGGUUGCAAAUGACA